GAGAGAACACUGGCCUUCCGCGCAGAGCAUCAUUGCAUCGCUGCCCGCUGGCCGUGCUUGGUGGCCCGGUGUUGAACCAAGCAAGGGACAACUCUUCACCGCACCGGUGGGAGUGCGCGUGUAGGGACUUGGCUUGCCUCAGAUCUCCGAAUUCUGGUCAGGCGGGCGACUCUUGAUCUCCAGUUAUAAAGCGUGCCGCCCUGGAAAAGUGGGACUUGAGUAUUGCAAAGGUUUAGAGCUAAAGCGCAGGGAAGGAAAGAACAGCAACCGAGGCCGAAGGAAAAGAAACUGGGGAGAACUCAGUGAGCGGUUAAGAGGAAGGAUUCAAUCGCGGAAAAUCGGGAAAGAACUCAGGAGCUGCAGAACACGAGCGACAACCGCGGUGCGAUCUGCAGGGCUGGGUCUUCCAGCACCUUGGGUCACGCCUCCUUGGCGAGAAGGCGCUUGGCCUUUGAUUGCUUCCAGGGACUGCAGAACUUCCUGCCCGCCAGAGGAGCGGGUCUCUCUGGGGUCGCGUUUGCUCCUGACUGGAGGCUUUAGACUGAGUUCUGAAAGUCCUGGGUGCCUGGUCCAAGAAGGGCUGGGGGAACGGUGUCUGUGAGGAGCCCACGCGCCCCACGUGAGGGGUUGAUUGUCCGAGUCCUCCAUCUCCUGGCUUUUACAGUUCUCUCGGGGCUCCACCCCACCGCAGGAACCCCUCACCCGGAGAUGGCCGCACUGAUGCGGGGCAAGGAUUCGUCCCGAUGCCUGCUUCUACUGGCCGCGGUGCUGAUGGUGGAGAGCUCACAGCUAGGCAGCUCGCGGGCCAAACUCAACUCCAUCAAGUCCUCUCUGGGAGGAGAGACUCCUGCUCAGGCUGCCAAUCGAUCUGCGGGCAUGAACCAAGGACUGGCUUUCGGCGGCAGUAAGAAGGGCAAAAGCCUGGGACAGGCCUACCCUUGCAGCAGUGAUAAGGAAUGUGAAGUUGGAAGAUACUGUCACAGUCCCCACCAAGGAUCAUCAGCCUGCAUGGUGUGUCGGAGGAAAAAGAAGCGAUGCCACAGAGAUGGCAUGUGCUGCCCUGGUACCCGAUGCAAUAAUGGAAUCUGCAUCCCAGUCACUGAGAGCAUCCUGACCCCUCAUAUUCCAGCUUUGGAUGGCACUCGGCAUAGAGAUCGGAACCAUGGUCACUAUUCCAAUCAUGACCUGGGAUGGCAGAAUCUAGGAAGACCACACACCAAGAUGUCACAUAUAAAAGGACAUGAAGGAGACCCCUGUCUGCGAUCAUCAGACUGCAUUGAUGGAUUUUGCUGUGCUCGCCACUUCUGGACCAAAAUCUGCAAACCAGUACUCCAUCAGGGGGAAGUCUGUACCAAACAACGCAAGAAAGGUUCUCACGGGCUGGAGAUUUUCCAGAGGUGUGACUGUGCAAAGGGCCUGUCCUGCAAAGUGUGGAAAGAUGCUACCUACUCCUCCAAAGCCAGACUCCACGUGUGCCAGAAGAUCUGACAAUCAAUGGGAGAGUUAUCACUAGCAGACUGUGAAUUUGUGUAUUUAAUGCAUUAUGACAUGAUGGGAAAUCUGGUUUGGAAUGAAGAAGAAUAAGGAACAUGGAAAGAAUUAGGAGCACAAGAGAGAAGUAGGACUGAAUGAAGCAGAGACAGUGACAACUAAAGCACAACCAGUGUUUCCAUUAUGCAACUUGUUUAUGUAAAUAAUGUACACAUUUGUGAAAAUGCUAUUAUUAAAAGAAAACACACCGUGGAAAUUACUGACAAAUACCAUGUUAUUUUCCAAGAGUUUGGCUUGGGCUAGAAGGGACAUUUUCUUCAGAUUGGCAAUGGCUAUAUAAACAACCUAAAGCCAUGUUUCUACUCAAAGUUAUAGUUCAAUAAAUUAUUCUCACUGUCCCUUGACAUAAUUUCUAAAACAUGGGAAAGAUGAUAAACAGGAAGUGAAAAUAUGCAACAUUAUUAAUUUGUAUCACAAAAAGAUCACCUUUUAAUUUUGAGCUCUGCUUUGACUUCUCAAAUAAAGGCCUUGGUAGACAAGAGAAAAAGGCCAUCCAUGUUUUCCAUAUCACUUCCAGAUACCAGCAUGUCUUUUAGACCUUAGAAAAAUAUAAACAUGUGUCUCCUCACACCACUCAUUUCUUUUCUCAAAAACUUCACUUCACCUGAAUUAAUAAAGACAUAUAUGUAGGACAAAAACAGAUCCUGCAUUGUGAAGGAAUGAUAUCUAUAUUUCUAAGUGAUGCCUACCUAAUUGUGUAGUACAAACCAGGCAGAAUUUUCACAGAUUGCAAAAACAUUAAAGAUGCCUGGCACAUGUGGGGAACUGAAUAAUGGAGGAAGCACUGUUUUUCCAAAGCUUUGACACACCCUGCAUGUGAUAGAACUAGACUGCUAAAUACAUUUGUCUUUGCACAGCCAGAGAGCAGUAGGGUGAGGCUGACACUAGAGACUUGAGUGACAUUUGUACUGAGUGGAGCACCGCAGGGAAGUAGAGGAAACGUCAUCUUUGUCCUGGAUUUAAGAUAAAAUGUCUGAAACACAGGUUGAAUUUUUAUGGCUGACACCAGAAUCUCCACAAGUGAACUUGAAGCUCUCCAUAGGUUUGGUUCUCCUUGUCAUAUUUACCACGCAGAUGAGCUCAUUGCAAUGCAACUUGCCCUUCCUAACCUCAAUAUAUUCCAUAGUUUUGAGGUUCUAAAAUACAUUAAUAUGAGGGGUUCUGUAAUAUGUGAUCUCUUAAGCCAGGUGGUACAAUAUCUUCCCUAAGCUAUGGAGUCAUGAUUCCUUCAGAAGUUUCUAUACUAGCCUCUCAACGUAAUUUUGUUGGCAAAGACUAAAUUGCUGUUUUCUGCAACCAUUGAGAGCAACAAGUGAGAUCAAUAUAUCUCUAAUCUAUAGAAAUUCUCUUAAACCACUUUAGUACUUUCUGCUUUAACAAAGUUCUAAAUAUUAUGUCCAGAGCAUAAACUACAAAAGGCUGUCAUGCCAUUACUUAUGAUCUUAUAGACCCCACAUCACUUUCUUGUUUUACUGAAGUCCCAUGUGCAAUCUCUAAGUACAGCCCCUGAAGAGUUUCAGCCUCCAACACACAUUUUGCCAGGAUGUUGAUGGUUUAUGCUCCAUAUGUGUAUUCUAGAGCAAAGAAUCAUAAGAUACUUUAUCCAAAAGCCAAAAGUUGUUGUCUGAGCUUGGAACGUGAAAAUGGAACUUUUUGGUCAGAAUUUCCUAUAUAGGAAUAACACUUACAAUCUAGUUUCCAUAUUAUUUCCCUUAUAUUCGCCCUCUCAAAAUUAUUAUUUGAAAUAAUUUAUUUACAGGAAAUGUUAAUGAGAUGUAUUUUCUUAUAGAGAUGUUUCUUACAGAAAGCUUUGUAGCAGAAUAUAUUUGCAGCUGUCGACCUUGUAAUUUAGAGGAAAUGUAUAAUAAGAUAAAAUAUAUUAAAUUUUUCUCUUUCAAAAAAUUGAA